GAAUCGGAAAUAAAUGAUGUUAUCUAAUGAAGGAACUAAAUUGUGGUAGUUAGUUACGGUCAGAUAAUGAUGUGCAGUAACAAUAUAUCUAACUACAAGCUGUUAGAAAUACUUAAAAAUGGAAAGGUUGGAACGGUUUACAAAGCAGAAGAUUUAAACAAUAAAUGCUUGGCUGUUAAAAAGGUUUCUGUGGAUCAGCCAAUGGAAAAGCUUAAACUAUUGUUUAACGAAGUUUUAACUGUUCGUCGGCUUCAACAUAGAAAUAUAAAUACUAUCGUCAGUUGUUUUUUGUACAAGCAGUAUGUUUAUUUGACCUACAAUUUUAUGUGUUUUGGAAAUUGUGAAAUGCUGCUAAAGAACGUGUAUACUUCUGGGUUUCCGGAGGUUACAAUUGCACUAAUUUUGAAGGAUGUAUUGUCAGCACUUACUUAUAUUCACUCCGAGCAUUAUGUUCAUGGAUCAGUAAGGGCUAAGCACAUACUCUUAAGUCCCAGAAAAGCUGUUCUAUCAAAUUUUAGAUACUGUCAAAGUUUUAUUAGUCAAGGUGAAAAAAAACAGUUUUUAUUUGGAUCAACGGUUGGAAUAGAAAAAGAGUUGUAUUGGACAGCACCAGAAGUUUUAUAUCAAAACCUUUCUGGUUAUACUGAAAAAAUAGAUAUUUAUUCCAUCGGAAUUACUUGUUGUGAAAUGGCAAACGGGUUUCAGCCCUUUAAAGACACAGAAUUAACAUACAUGUAUAUUGAAAAAGUGCGUGGAAGUCUGCAAGUGCUACUGGAUAAAAACAGCCUAUUGGAAAAUCAAGGUUCACUGGAGCACACAAAUAAACGGAUUGUUCGUGAUGUAAUUGUAAACAAAUCAUUUUCAGAAGACUUCCAUCAAUUUGUUGAGCUGUGCUUAAAUAAAAAUCCAUUGUCUCGAUGGGCAGCAUCAAAAUUAAUGACACACUCGUUUCUUAAGCAAUGCCGGAAUACCAGUCUUUUAGACCAAUUAAAAGACUUAGGCAAAAAAAUGUCAAAUUUUAAAAUAAAUGAACAGACCAAUAAUUCCAUCUGAGGAAAUUGCACACCACACUGUGAACUUUGGUGAAUUCAAAGGAGGCCUUUCAAGCAAUUUUCGAGGGUUGGUGUCAGCCCAGUAGCGCAUGUUUUGUUUGUUAACCGACCCACAUAAAUGAAAAUGGGCUUCAUCACUAAAAAAAAAAAAACAAUAGACACACGCGUUCAUCCGAGAAUUGAAGUCACGUUCUGAAAGUUCUUGUACUAUCGCCAUCUUAUACGGAUGAAAUUGAAGAUCAUCAUGAAGAAUUCUUCUUACAGAACGAUCGGAUAGUCAAAGGGGAGAUGUGUGUUUGCACGCAGAACGCCGUUGAGAUCGCAAUAUUGACGCUCUCACUACAUCAAUGUUCUCAGGUGAUCUAACGGGUCGAGGGACUCCAUUUCUUCGUUUUGACGCCCUUACAGUUUGCCUGAAUGUAGUGACCCAUGUAACAAUUGAUUUGCGGUCUGAGACGGGAGCCAACGGGGCUAAAUUAAAGCGAUUCCGAAAUGCACGCUGUGUUUAAUUAACCGACCAUCCGCUUGAAAAGUAUGCCUCAACGACAAAGGCGCGAUCCUCACUAUUUCAACGCAUGACAGAGAUUGAACCGUGUCGGGAUAAAACUUUACAGUAGCCCCUCUUGAACGGGACCACCAGCGUUCCGUUAAGACAUCAACUAAAAAAAUAAGAUGUGCUGUCGCACCCUGUAUAUUACCAUAAUCAAAUCAAACACAUACUAGUCUUACCGUUAUUAUGUUUAUCUAACUGAAUGAAAACUGAUGAAAAUAAUCUGAAUGAACAAAAUAAAUUUUUAUAUGAAGUUUGAAUAUUAUAUAUAUAUUAUAUAUAAACAUAAUCAAAGCAAAACAAUUACUAGACGAACUAUUACUAUGUUUAUUUAAGUGAACCUUUUAAAUUCUUUAUUUGAUUGAACUAAUUAUCUUCCCCAAAUGCUGCUGCAAUAAAAGAAUAGGAAUACAAUCAUUAAAAAACGCACGGACUCGUCUGAAAGUAAUUUUUCAUUUUAUUACAUUUUUAAUCAAUUUGUAUCAGUGUGAUUUUUGAGGUGGUGUGCUGAAAAUACGCUGUGUGUGUAUUACACACUUCUGCAAAGUCUACUUCUUGACUCCGAAAUCCAAAAUUUUGUGGUGCACUUUCAAAUAUCUCAAACCGGCAUCUUGCAGCUCGACAAAAAAUAGCUUUAUUAAGUUUACAUACUUUAUUUCCAUCAUACUGGAUUAAAACAUUUGGAAUCGUCAUACAAAUUUCAUCUUUUAGUGCUCCGUUUAAAACGGCUGUUUUGACAUCCAUCUGAUGGAUCAGUAAAUUAUAUUAUUUUGAAAAAGCUAAAAGAUAUCUAAAUUUGCAACUGGUGCAAAAGUCUCAUCAUAACCCAUCAUAUAUUCUAUAUACCAAUAUAUGUAUAGUAACAUAUCCAUACUACACCCACAACUCCCCAACCGCACACACAAUUGUAAACACUCACACACACACAUUAAUGACUAAGUACAAAAUGUAAUCAAAGAUCGAGAGCCCUUCGAUUAAGAUAAGCUAUUAUUUAUGCACAGCAUCAUGUUCCAAAGUCUAGACUCUGUGGUGAGCCAACGUCACCUAAACAUUCGAUCACUUGGCGAGGAAACUGAAAUAACAAAAACUUCCGCCCACACAAUCAUCUCAGGAUUCUCUAAUUACUCCAAUUUUUCGGGAGCUCCUUUCUUUACGGGAGAAUAGACGUUUAUAACUUUAUUCUUUUAAACUUCCAAUCCAAUCUGCCUUUAUAAACGCAAACAUGUCUCCAUGAGUUAGUUAAGUACUGAGUACGCUAUCAUUUGCGAUAAGCUCACUUCAACUUCGAAGUCCAUUACCCAACCUAGUGAUAAUCCAAAGGCUCUAGUUCUUCCUAUAUUGGAAUUAAUAAAAACGUUUAAUAAUACAUAAAAAAA